CCCCACCACCUUCAUCAACACCAUUCUCAAUUGCCAGCCCUGGGCUGCUCACGAUUCUGCGAAACACCGCUCUACAAUACCCCUCACCAAGGCUAACGAUAUGGAGGCAGCCCCCGUCCUCUCCACUCCGGAUGAUCGCAUCCUGGAAUCCACCGACCCGGUUGCGUCUCAGGAACCGAAUCGCACGCUCUCCGAUGAGGAGCUCUCGAUUGCCUAUGACAUCGAACGCACGCUGAAAGAGAUCCGCCAGGCACGGUAUAAGCGCAUUGCGCUCCAAUUUCCGGAUGACAUGCUCCCCGAUGCACCCCGGGUGUUUCAACUCCUCAGCCGCGGUCUGGACGUGACCGAUGCCCCCCCUCAACCACACAGCAACGGGCAAAGCAGCACCGACGGUGCCGAACAGCUAGCGGACUCGGUUGGCCAGCUCCAGGUCGAUGCGACUCCCGCGCCUGCCCCGAAACUAUACAUUCUGGCGGAUACUUCCUACGGUACAUGCUGCGUGGACGAGGUGGCCGCGGAGCAUGUGGAUGCGGACGUUGUCGUGCACUACGGCCGGUCGUGUCUGUCCCCGACAGCCAGGCUGCCGGUCAUCUACGUUUUCACACAAAAGCCUCUGCCUCUCGAGCCCCUCGUUCGCGCAUUCAAGGAGACCUACCCUGACCCUGAAACCAAGGCCAUUCUGGCGGCCGAUGUGACCUACUCGAACCAUGUCCCGACCGUCUACUCGCGUCUCGUCGAGGAGGGCUACACCAACCUGUUCGCCACGGAUAUCGUCCACAACCCUUCCUCCGCUAUCCCCAACCGCACCGUCCCGGAAUCGGUCCAAGAGACUCCGGAGUCACUUUCUGACUGGCAACUCUUCCACAUUUCCGACCCACCCACGGCCCUACUCCUGACCCUUGCGUCUCGCGUCGCCGCCAUCCAUAUCUAUCCCACCGAUGACGUGACAAAGGAGAUUGUGAAGCCGUUACCCGCGUCCACGGCGGCUGCCCUGCGUCGCCGGUAUGCCAUCUUGACCUCCCUCAACACCGUGCCCAUCUUCGGCAUCCUCGUCAACACGCUGAGCGUGAAGAACUACCUCCACAUCGUGGAGCAUGUGCGUGAUCGGAUUGCGGCCGCCGGAAAGAAGAGCUACCUGUUUGUGGUGGGCAAGCUCAACGCGGCCAAGGUGGCCAACUUCAGCGAGAUCGGCGGAUGGGUGGUCAUCGGAUGCUGGGAAAGCUCUCUGGUCGAUAGCAAGGAUUUCUGGAAGCCGGUGAUUACUCCAUCGGAGCUGGAGCUCACGCUCCAGGGCGAUACCGAGCGGGUGUGGACCGGAGCCUGGCGGAGUGACUUCCAGAGCGUCCUCGAUCAAUCCAAGGCAGAGGCGGAGAUUGCGGACCCCGCGGCGGACGAGGAAGGCGAGAUGUCGGAGCCCGAGUCCGCACCACCGGAAUUCGACCUGCGCACCGGUCGGUAUGUCUCGCACUCCCGCCCCAUGCGGAAUUCUGCACCCCGCGUUUCCGCUUCCUCAGCAGAGGAGGCCAUAUCGGCCGCUAGUGGGCCCUCGGCCGCGCGCGCCUUGGCCAGGCGAGCCAAGGGCGAUAUUGCCAUGAUCGGCGGGACGUUCUCGCCCGGGGCGGAAUUCCUGCAAUCCCAGCGGACGUGGAAAGGUCUGGGAAGUGAUUUUGACAUUCAAUACGAGGAAGAUGCGCCGGAUAGCACGCUGGUGGUGGAAGGGCGCAAGGGAAUCGCAAGGGGGUAUACAACCCCCACCGACUCUAUUCUCUCGCUCUAUCACACUUCCCGCUACCUCCGCUCCUUUCUCCGCUCAUACCCAACAGCAUGGAAGUAUUUUUCGUUCCGGCUCUUUUAUCCCUCAGGCACGCCUCCUCCGAUUCGCGUAAUCCUCACCGGUUCCUCGGAGGCAGUGGUGCCCCGUCAGUCGCGACCGUACGCUCUCGAUCAGCUGCUGAUGAAUGUGGUGCUUCCGUUCAGCCCGUGUUUGCGCAGCCUGGAGUUGGAUAACACGGCGGUCUCGGGUCAGAUCCUUAUCUCCACAGUCCUUCAUGCUCGACGGGAGACACUGGAGCAUCUCUCUGUUCGGGGGUGCAAGAACGUGUCACUCAAGUAUCACAUUAUUCCUUACUUGACCAUGUUUGGUCUCCAGUACGAUGUGAACAUGGAACGGAAUAUCGGUAGCUCUCCUGCCACCAAACACCUCGCUCUCAAAAGUCUCUACACCUACCGAUGUCGCCACCACCGCCGUCGCCCCUACCUCACGUCAUCGCUGUCGCGAAAGGAUUCGGAUUCCGAGCCCACACAUGAGCUGGUCAACCUCUGUCACAAGCUGGGCAUCUGGACGGAUACGGCGUGGUGCUCGACUCCGGCCGGGCGGUGCUUCCGCAGAAGAGGGUACGUGUCGAUGCGGGUUCCCCAGGGUUCGGCCGAGGUCUGGGUCGUCUUUGAUCGGCUGUGGAGGUCGAAGAACUGGAUCGGACCGAUCGACUCGGGUAACAGGCCAGCUCAGCGUGACGGCAAGCUGUGGGAGCACAAUGAAACGGGCUAUUGCGGCGAACCGCUGGGGACGGGUGAGAUUGGUAAUCUCGGUGAUGGCAAGAUGAAACCGGCGCAUCUGCGUCAAAGUCACGCGCAAUUUGUCCAGAACAUCCGCUGUGAUAACUGCUGCGAAGUGAUCCCGGAGCGUUGCGAGCAAUGCAGCAUCUUGAUGCACUGCGUCGGAUGUCGAAAGACUCUAUGUGCUAGCUGUGCAUACGAUCGGCCUUACAUUGCUGGUCAUUUGGAGCCCUCCUCGACCAAGGAGUCGAAUCCGUUCUGGUGGGCCCCUGGCGCAACAGUUUCGCCGUGUUCGAUGCAAGACCCAGUGGAACUCACGGAUCAUGAGGCACUCACCACCAACCCCACCGCUCCCGCCGCUUAUCCGGCCCUCAAGCUGCACUGGUGCUGCACGGAACCCAUAUUCUCCGGCGGAGGCGGGAUCAGUAUCGGCACUUCCAAUCGGGACGUAGAUCAAGUGCGCGCGGUGCCUUUACCCAGGGGACAAGGCUGGGAGGACCUCGAGAUCUCGGCUCAGGAAUGGAGCAAGACGUUCCCGCGCGACGCUUACGGGGACCCACGCAAGCCGGAUUACACCCUCGAGACGGGACACAUAGCCAUGAUGAAGUGGCUGCUGGGUCCGCCUAACCGACAACCCACGGCCUGUCCCCGGAACUUGUGCCAGGAUUGCUACGACACGCCGCAGUGGAAGGUGCAUUGCAAGAGCUGCUCGAAGCCGUUGUGCAUUGAGCAUGACCUCCGCGGUCUACGGCUGAGGAUUUGUGGCUACCGGGACUUGACGCUGGAGAAGAUGGCGAUCCAAAACCACGCUGCAUCAGGCUCUCGCGGCUACCUGGCCCCGCACAUGGCCUAUCCCCACUCCGUCCCUGAGUUCGAGUUACCGUUCCGGACCCAGCGGGUGAUCGACUCCACGACGAGCAGCUUCACCGAGGACCACGGUGAGGGGGCCGGGGAGGUGCGCAGUCGCGCUCUGCCCGAACCCCCGGGACCGGCUUCGCUGAUCCAUCGCCGCUCCCGAAGUCUGUCCCUGUCCAACUCCAACCGAUCGCGAUCGUCCUCCCCAUCUUCCAUCUACUGUGACUCGCCGUCCGAGCAGCUCCGAUGGCAAGGCUGCCAAUCCUUCUUCUGCCCGCAGUACCGUGCCGUCGGCGACCAACGCCAGCGGUGCGCCAGCGUGCUCCGCGAAUGCACGAGUUGCGCCGUCUACGUGUGCCAGGACUGCGUGAAGGCCAACCCACCCUGCAAAUGCUCCUUCUGCGAAGUCAACUACAUCUGCCCGAACUGCGUCAAGGUACGCGAACGCGAGGGGACCUGCCGCCGGUCGGCAGAGGAGAAGGCCCGCCGCGAGCAGAAGUGGAAGGAAGACAUGCGUAUGCUCGAGGGGAUCCUAGAGGCGAAGCUGGCGAACGCGACCGCCGAGUAUGCGGGCCAGUUCUUCGGGUUCUUGGAAGGUGGUGAACCCUCUUCUUUUUCUCCAUCGUCCUCAACCCACUCCGAUCCCGAGCAACUUAUUGCGGUACAUAUAACGUCAACACAACACUAA